CUCGUCUUCCUUUUCCCUCCCUCCCUCCCCUUUUCCCCCUUUCCUCCUUUCCUCGUUUCCUCUCCCUCCACUCUCCGUAUUUUCUUUCGGCUGCCGGCCGGGGGCUCUGGCACCAUGCUCCGGCUUCUCCGGUUGCUACUGCUGCUGCUGCUGCCACCCCCAGGAUCUCCUGAGCCCCCGGGGCCCCCUGAGCUCCUAGGUCUGGCCCCGCUGUCCCCGGGGGCACCCCCGCAGGCACCGGACUUGCUCUACGCGGAUGGGUUGCGCGCCUACGCGGCCGGGGCUUGGGCGCCCGCGGUGGCGCUACUGCGGGAGGCGAUGCGAAGCCAGAAGGAGCUGGGCCGCACGCGGCAGGACUGCGGGGCGCGAUGCGCGGCCGAGCCGGGGGCCGCGCUCCCUGAGGUGUUUUUCGACAUCCCAGGGUCCGAGUCCGGACCCCGGCAGGCGUCCGGCUUUUGGGAGCGGCUGCUCCUCCGCGCCGCGCUUCGCCGAGCCGAGUGCCUGACCCAGUGCGCUGCGCGGAGGCUCGGCCCCGGGGGUGCGGCUCAGCUCCGCGUGGGGAACGCACUCCGGGACGCCUUCCGCCGCCGGGAGCCCUACAACUACCUACAGAGAGCCUAUUACCAGAUGAAGAAGUUGGACCUGGCAGCUGCUGCAGCACACACCUUUUUUGUAGCCAACCCAACACACAUACAGAUGCGAGAGGACAUGGCUAAGUACCGCCGAAUGUCUGGAGUUCAUCCCCAGAGCUUCCGUGACCUGGAGACGCCCCCACACUGGGCAGCCUAUGACGCAGGCCUGGAGCUUCUGGGGCGUCAGGAGGCAGGACUGGCACUGCCCAGACUGGAGGAGGCCCUGCAGGAGAGCCUGGUCCAGCUGGAAUGCUGCAGGGCUGGCUGUGAGAGCCCUGAAGAGCAGCAAGGAGAGGAAAUUGAAGAGAAAGAAGGCACCGGGAACCAGGGGGGCCUCUAUGAGGCCAUUGCAGGGCAUUGGAUUCGGAUCCUACAGUGCCGCCAGCGCUGUGUGGAGGACAUGGCCACACGUCCUGGUCGAAGCUCACCUGUCCCCGACUUCCUUCCCAGUCAGCUGAGAUGGCUGCAUGAGGCCUAUGCUCAGGUAGGGAAUCUGUCCCAGGCUAUGGAAAAUGUCCUGAGUGUCCUGCUCUUCUACCCGGAGGAUGAGUCUGCAAAGAAUUCUCUGAACCGGUACCAGGCCCAGCUGGGAGAGCCAAGACCAGGACUUGGACCAAGAGAGGACAUCCAGCGUUUCAUCCUGCGAUCCCUAGGGGAGAAGAGGCAGCUCUACUAUGCCAUGGAGCACCUGGGGACCAGCUUCAAGGAUCCUGACCCCUGGACCCCAAAGGCUUUCAUCCCUGAGGCAUUUAGAGAGAAGCUCAGAGAGGAUCUGGAGAAGAGGCCUUGGGACGAUGAGCCUCUACAACCAAAGCCCCUGAUCCACUGGAAGGAUGUCCUUCUCCUUGAGGGAGUGACCCUGACCCAGGAUUCAAGGCAGCUGAAUGGCUCAGAGCGAGCAGUGUUGGAUGGACUGCUCACCCCAGCCGAGUGUGGGGUGCUGCUGCAGCUGGCCAAGGAUGCAGCUGGAGCCAGGUCUGGCCAUCGUGGCCGCCGCUCCCCUCAUACCCGCCAUGAACGCUUUGAGGGGCUCACAGUACUCAAGGCUGCACAGUUGGCCCAGGCUGGGACUGUGGGCAGGCAGGGUGCUAAGCUGCUUCUGGAAGUGAGUGAGCGUGUUCGGACCUUGACGGAGGCCUACUUCUCUCCAGAGCGGCCCCUGCACCUGUCCUUCACACACCUGGUAUGCCGCAGCGCCAUAGAAGGCGAGCAAGAGCAGCGCAUGGACCUGAGUCACCCAGUGCACGCAGACAACUGUGUUCUGGACCCUGACACCGGAGAGUGCUGGCGGGAGCCCCCAGCCUACACCUAUCGUGACUACAGUGGAAUCCUCUACCUCAACGAUGACUUCCAGGGUGGGGACCUGUUCUUCACAGAGCCCAACGCCCUCACUGUCACGGCUCAGGUUCGUCCUCGCUGCGGACGCCUCGUGGCCUUCAGCUCCGGUGGGGAGAAUCCCCAUGGUGUGUGGGCUGUGACAAGGGGACAGCGCUGCGCCUUGGCACUGUGGCACACGUGGGCACCUGAGCACAGGGAACAGGAGUGGGCAGAGGCCAAGGAGCUACUACAGGAGCCAGAGGAGACUGAGGAAGAGGAGGAGGAAGAAAUGUCCAGCAGAGACCCGGCCCCAGAACCCCCCAACCGCAGGCUUCAGCGGGUCCAAGACAAGUCCGGGAAGCCGCCUCGGGUCCGGGAGGAGCUGUGAGGGGCUGUGCUGGCUCCUUGAGGAAGUGGCCGUGACCUGUG